AUGAGCGAAGAGAUUAAUGGUGGUAGCAGCUUAAGAGAGGUUCAAAACAAAGAGAUUGACUUCAGUACAAGGUUUCAGAGGACAGAAUUUGGUGUGGAUAAUGAUGACCUCAAUAUUGCUGAUGCUGAUGUUGAUGGAUAUGACAUCAGCAAUGUCAAUAAUCAUCAUCGAGACAGGGAGGUUGAUUCUAUCAUGAUGAGGAGACAAAGAAGCUCAGCUGCAAUAUUGCAGUUAAUUCAAAUCACUCAUGACAUGAUUAACUCAGAUGAGGACUUAGGCCAAUUAUUUCGUAAUAUAGGUGAUAACGAUACAAUAAGGCGACAAGGGACUCUUCCAGAACGAAAGGAAGCAGUGGAGAAUCUCCUAACGGUUAAAGUGUGUGAGCCGUUGCAAUGUUCAGUUUGUUUGAAGACUUUGAGAAAGGAAGUGAAGCUAAAGAGAUGCCAUGUAAGCACAAGUUUCAAAUACUGUGUAUAUUACCGUGGCUUGAGCUUCACAGUUCUUGUCCUGUGUGCCGAUUUGUACUACCUCCUGAUGAGGAGUUAA